AGAAUUGUAAGAGUGCAUCAUCGGUGACGCAAAUCCUGCUGGUCAGCCAGGUCCAGCGGUUGGAAGUCGAGACGAUGAAAUGGACGAGAAGAGAAUGGGGCCAAGCUGCCACAUCAUCGGCCGACACUCACCUGCGCAAGAAUGGCCGUGUUCGAGCAAGGAGGAUAUUGAUAUAUUUUGGGAAAUGUUGUUGCGAGAAAUGAGCGAGGAGGAAAGGACUGGUGAAAUCCAGGAAGGAAUGCGGAAUUAUUCGAAGCGAUUCCGGACUGGCGAAGUCACGAGCGCAACCGUUGAAAAAAAAAAAAUACGUAGUUUCGAUCGUGUGCAUCGAAUGUAUCGCGAUCGCUGUAGAGAAGGAAACGGAGCUAUAAUUGAUCCUCGUAGCAAUGUACGUAUCUAUGUAAUGGUUCGAACGUAAUCGAGAAAUAGAUUCGUUCAGCGACAGUUGAUGAACGAAGCGAAGGAAAGUACUUGCGCAUUGUAGGGCGGAGGGGUGGGUAAGGAAUUCCAGGGAUACGGCAGUGUAGGGGAUCGACGAGCGUCGGCGAAAACCGUCGAGGAUGGCCGAACGGGUACGCGGGACCGUCGCCGCGGAGGCAGAGCAAAGAAAGCGCUUUAAAAAUUCAACGAGUAUGCGUGAUUUGUCACUCGAUCGGCGAUCGUUUCGAUCGACUCCGCUCCGCGCCGUCGCGCGAAUCCAGUGUGCGUUUUGCGGGCACGUUUAUCGUCGUGCACGCCUAUUCGGCUGACGAAUACCAUUGAUGCACGUGUAGAUAACCGCGAUCCGUGGAUGACAAAUCCUUAACCGUGGCCUCGUUAACGUCAAGUUCGUUGUGUCAGACGUUAAACAUGUAAUUCGUGAUUCUUCUGUCAAACCGAAACGCGUACGAGGACCUUGGAGAAUCGUUCGUUUCGAAAAGAUGUUAACCGGGAUGGUACGAGUUUAUAUGAAAAAGCGUGAAACAACGAGGCACAACGUUUACGGUUGCGACAGUGCGGAAAUGAAAAUAUUUUCUUUAAACCGAUCGCGCUUAUCGUUCGCUCGGUGAGCCGCAAACGCGGAAUUUCGUGCAACGUGAUCAGAGUAAGAAAUCAUCCGCAACGGAACGGUUCGCGAGAGUCGAGCGUCGAGCAACGGUCCAUAAGUUUAACUGUUCAACGAAUACGCGGUACACUCGACUGAGCGGUUGAAUCGCGCGUAACCGGAGGAUAACAGACGCGUGUACCGCUUACGCGUCGAAAAAUUGUGCGAACGGUGGCAGAUGUGCGAAACGAAAUACGUUCGAUCGAGAAACGCGUGUACGUAUUAGUGGUACUUGAUAACGGAGCGACGAAACGUUUCGUUAUCGCUAGUUCACCGGAACAGCGUCUCUGUGUGUAAUCGUUGAAGAACCCGCGGGAUGUGUUCGUUUAAAAAAAAACGUUAAGAUACGCUAGGUUCGAUGAAAGAGAGGAAAAGAGAGGACAGAAUGAGUCUGUCGCCGAUAGCGAACAGAAGCUUCCUACACGGUGAUGGAAAACCGUCACCGAGUUCGGAGAAGAUCGUCUAUGCAACCCUCGACAGUUUGGCUUUAAAGAGAGCAACUUUACCGCUGCAGUUGUUGCCCGUCGACGAUCGGAACGAGCCAAAGAGAAAAGGGGAAACUUGCAACGAUACCACUGCCAGGAGAUCCAGUUUCAAGGUGGACGCGGCGAGCAGCCUUUCGUCGAAGGAGCGCGCGAAAUAUGUGCUGGUUUUACCGUCGCCUAGCCCGGAGACGGAACCCUCGGGAUCCAGCGAGCAGAGGUCGGUUUUUAUCACGGAUCGAAACACCGGGGAAACGAAGGUGGUUUGUUUACAACGCGCCGUGGAUAUAGAUAACAAUAUCGAUACUGAUCCGAUAAAGAAUUCACCGGAUACGAUCGCCGAUUACUGCGAAGACGAUACUCGUCGACGAGAUAUACAACCAGUGUCGGACGACUCGUCGGCCGAGAAAAACGCGAUUUUUCCGAACUCUAUCAGCGAAUCCGAUCGUUUGAUCGAGCAGGCCGACGAGGACGAUUACGAGAGGAUAGAAUUGAUAGCUUGUCGAGAAGCAAAUCUUCGCGAUAAUAACGAAGAUGAAACAACAGCUUUGUGCUCGAAAAAUGUUAUCGCAACAUCGCUCCCCACCAAUGAGUUGACGAGAAAAAGCUCCUCGGAAACGAGACUGGACGAGGAAAAGCGUCUGAUCGAAAGUCUAACAAAGGAGCUGCUGCUCGAUAACGAACGCGACGUUAAUCGCGGUAAAAAGAAGAAUCAUUUCGCGAAGAACGUGUUGCAUUUCGUGCCGGAGUACCUGGUGAAGGGAUCGAAGAGAAGGAAGAAGAAGAAAAGCGCUCUAAGCUCGUCGUUGAACUCGUUGAAACCGUCGACUUUGGAAAAGGUGGACGUAAUGGCCGACGACAGGUUCAGAUCGAGGAGUCUCUCCAGAGAGGAAUCCAGGUGUCUGAACAUCUCGUCACCGACGAAUUUCGUUCACGUCGCCUCCGCGACCAGUCCGAAUCUGAUCCUGAACGAAAACACGGUGAAAUUUAAUUUGGAGCAGGCUGUAAUUACGCACGAGCAAAAGUGUGCCAUCUUGCCUCUUCUCGUCGCGAGGAGCGAGAAGUUCUUCUUCGACGCCUCCUCUUCCCUCUCGCCAGGAAGGGACAACGAGAACGAAGAAACUACCCGCAGAAUCGAGGAAAGCCGGAAACGCGAAUUGUUGUCCGAGCUGAGAGCGCGAUCGGCAAAAGCGUUGGAGCCGAGCCAGCAGCGGGUGAAAACGAGUGAAAAUCGAGCGUACGAGGGGAACGACUCGUUCCGCACAAACACCAGCUUUUUAUGGAGUAAUCAGAGCAAGAACCUAUCGGUGCUCCUCGGUCGAUCUACACUGAACGAAACCCUCGAGUACGUCGACGAGGAUCAGUACGAUGACGUAGGCCCUCUGAAUCUUAUCAAUCAGGAUGACGACUACGAUGACGUGGGUUUACCGACUACUUCCACCGAUGAAUCUUCUACCGUCCUUGAACCGACUCGCAGGGAUUCCGAGUCUAUCUACGACGACGUUGUAACUUUGCUUUCCCCGAUCGACGAUCCCGAAGUUACCGAUUCCCGUAAUGUCACCGGGAACGAUAACACCGUGAUCCAAAAGGAUCAGACCCAGGAAAACGACGACUAUCAUCUGUUCGAAGGUAACAAUUAUUCCAGCGUGGACGAUGAGGAGACCGGCGACGACGCGCUGGAUAACGAUCAGGAUGAUUACGAUGACGUCGGUCUGCCUGGCGAGGAACGAGUCAACAGUUUGUACGCAGGUUCGACGGCAGGCUCGAUCCUCGGAUCAACCUGGACGAACGGGAAAGAAUCCGAGUGGGAGGACCUGGAGGAAUCGAUUUUUGGUCCUGCUCGGCUUCCGAAGAAGAACAGCAAUUCGUCUGGGAUAGCAAGCGAGACGCAGGUGAUCUCGAGUAAGAAGAAAUUGCCUCGAAGAUGGUCCCGAAAGGGGAGAAGACAACGUUCCAGAUUAUCUAGGAGAAGCUCGUCGAAGUCGUCUAACAAGUCAACGCGGGAUUUCACGAGUCAAGAGAACGCAUCCGACGACAGCACCUACGAGAGCUUGCAGUCCUUCCAGCAGGAUGACUUCAGCACCGAUUCGGAGACGGAGAAGAUCGAGGAGCGGAGGAACGAAGGGGAGAACGUCGAGAGGGACAAGAUCUCGAAUCGAUUCGUGAUCGAGUACUCGGAGGCACCCACCAGACCGAAUCCUCCGCCCCCGCGGGAAAUCAGCCUCACUCGUACCCUAGGCAGGAGGAUAAAGAUGCUUCGAAGAACUUGGAGCAUCACGAAAGGAAGCCUCGGUCGUAUGCGAAGAAGAACCUCCGUCGACGAGGAACAUGUCUGCGAGGAGAACGAUCAGUCGAAUUUAGAGGGUGGUAGAUACUUUGGUUUCGCUAGGCAUUUUAAGAAAAGCGUCACUGGAUUUUCUACUUUCUAUCUGAACGGUUACACCGCGAACGGUCCUGGCGAUUCGACAAAAAUCGCCGGCGAUCAUUCCUCCGUCGACGAAGAAACAGAUCACUACAGCGUACUCGCCGAGCAGGAACCGCUGUAUCAAUUCUACGCUGCCGCUGCUGCCCGAGGGGCGUUCGACUCCAAUUCGGAUGGCUACGAGGAGGUCGAGGACAUGAUUCCAUCGCAAUCGACGACCGACUUGGCGAAACCAGGCCACAGAACGUUGUGGUGUCAAACGGUGCAAGUAGUAAACACCGGUCUUCUACAACGUCUAACCACGGAGGAGAGAAAGAUUCAAGAAGCAAAGUUUGAAAUUCUAACGUCCGAAGCUUCGUACUUGAAUUCCCUGCGAGUUCUAAGGAACGAGUUCAUCAACGAGCCGUCUAUCAACGAGAUUUUAACGCCCGUCGAAAGGGACAAGCUGUUCGGUGGUAUUCCUAGCGUGUUGCACGCAUCGGAACAGUGUCUGGCAGAGCUGGAAAGCAUUUGGAGGCAGGAUCCUAUGCUGCACGGACUGCCGGACGUGCUGCUCAAGUAUGCCGAGAAAUGUUUAGAUAUUUAUGUAGCGUACUGCUCGAAUCAAGUUAGCAUCGACAGCACGCUCAAAGAUUUACGGACGCGAAAGGGUCUCAAGUUUCUAGACGUGGUCUCGCAAGUUGAGGCACGUUCCGCUUGCCAAAGCUUGUCGUUACAUUCGUUUUUAAUGUUACCCAUGCAACGGAUAACCAGGCUUCCUUUGCUGGCCGAUGCAGUCCUCUCGAAAUUGUCCUCCGAACACGUCGACAGACAUCACUGGGAGAGAGUUUUGUCGAGCUUAAGUUACGUCGUUACCGAAUGUAACGAGGGUGCGCGUGCCGCGGCGAAAGAAGCGGAAAUGGAAAGUUUAGCCAGAAAACUCGAGUAUUCCGCGAAAAUUAAACCUAUCGUAUUGAAAGGCAAGUACCUGGUUAAAACUGGACCUGUUGUACAAUUGUCGAACAAAACCGACGCGGAAUACAAGCUCACAUUCGGGCGAAGGUUUAACAAAACGCACCUCUACCUUUUGUUACUCACGGAUUAUCUUCUAGUCGCAAAAUACAAGUCCAAUCACGAUACAACGUAUACUGUAAUAGAUACGUGUAAAAGGAGUUUGAUCGCUUUAGAGUCUGUUCCUGAGGAUUCGCCGUUCGCGGGUCGUAACGCGAUGCUGUUAACUCUUUUGGAAAAUUAUUCUGGUCAUCAAAUCGAAUAUAUAUUAACGUGCGAGAGCGAUACGGAAAGGCAAAGGUGGUUGGAAGCUGUUUCACCAUCGAAUCGAGGAUUGGUUGAGGAAACCCUCUACGAAGUAUGGGAUUGUCCUCAAGUGGUAGCUUUGUAUUGUUAUUCUCCAAACCAACCGGACGAAUUAUCGUUGCAUCCCGGGGACGUUAUAAACGUGUUCAGAAAGAUGUCAGACGGUUGGUAUCACGGUGAAAAAUUAUUGAACCGCGAACAGGGCUGGUUUCCUGGAAAUUAUACGAAAGAAGUUGCAUCGGAACACGUUCGCGCGAGAAAUUUAAAGCAAAGACACCGUCUUCUCGCGUUGAACGGUAACGUGUUGCAAAGAAAAACGAAACAAUAAUCUGCUAUUCGCUGAAAGACUUGAAGACGCAACUUCGAGUAAACCAAGAUGAUGUUAUUUAUACUUAUCCACUCGUCGAGUAUCAUAAGGGCCGAAUAAAAUUAAAGAAGUCUAUAAAAAAA